AUGACUCGUUCCAGGACUGCCCAGCCCAGCCCGGACUUCCACUACUCCCAGAGGCUCUUCCAUGGCCCCAACGGGAACGUGUUCAGUGUGCUGUCCCCGGCGCACGGCCGCAGCUGCUCUAUGAAGCCCACCUUCCUCUGUCGCCAGCCACGUGGCAGCUCGUCAACGCGUGAGCCCCGAAGCCGCAGCAGCCGUCGCGGCGGCGGCAACCGCUGCCUCAAGUUCCACAACUUCAUCCCAUCCGAGAGCAUCACCUCGGAGAAGGAUGAUGGCUCGCAUGAUGACGUCUGGAAAGUCCACGCUGAAUGCAAGCUCCAAGAGGAGCACGGCACGAAGCAGAUCAUGGUCUCGCAAUGGUCGGUUUCGUCGGACAGCCCUUCCAACACUGCUGCUCAGCCAGAGCCGAAGGCUACUACGAGUCAUCUGCCGCCGCCAGCAUCCUUGGACUGUCUGGAGCAAGAGGACAAGGGAGAUAAGGUGCACGGGCUGAGUCCCGACAGAAACUAUGGUCCGCCCGGCUUCCCUAAUCCUGUGUCCUCGAGCGACGAGACCUCCAAAACGCUCAGCGGCUUUGUGCCUGCGAAAGACGAACUGUUCAGCGAACUGUCGUCGUGUGGCUGCGAUGUUGUUCACGCGGAUCCGUGCAGGGUCUCGCCGGCGCCACCCGCUAACCCCCCGGAGGGUCCACCGAAGGGGAAAUCUGACAUCCUUUAUGGGUUUCUCUCCAAAAAGCACAGGCGAAAGCCCACUCAGACGAGGAGAGUUGUCCCUUACAAGAAAUAUCUGUCCCUCCUGGAGGAUGACGCCUCCUCAGCUCAUCCUCUGGACCUAUCCCUCAAGACACGCAGCAGAGCUGAAAAUGAAAACUCCAUCGAGUCUGCAUUAGCAACGAGCGGUGUGCCUUUCAUGCCUUGCUGUUCCUCGAGUUACACGCAUCCAUACCCAUUGCCCACGCAGCACUACCUCCCUUAUCAGGACGUCCGUUCUGCAAGAGGCUUUGAGAAGUCUCCACUUCAGGUUGCUCUGGAAGCACCGCUCAGCAACCCUCCAGACCGUAGACUGUUCAGUGCCUUGCCGCACUCAAGCCCCGUGAUGGCUGUAGGCCAGCACAACAACCACAUGGGAGCUCAACUUCCUUUCGGUUACGCCCUUUACUCCACGCCAUCUUCGUCGAUCGACGCGAGAUUGCCUAGCCCGUCACAACCCGUGUACUCCGAGGCAUCCAGCAGUCGGUCGGCGCUCAUGGCUGUUCUUCAGAACUGCAGGGACGACCGAAACGGCCAGGCAGGUCCCAGUGGUAUCUCUACUCCGGAGCUCCACCGAAACAUGCGUAAGCCGAGUCAGAGGUCGCUCAUCAAGCAGAAGUUGGAAGACACCUUCAAGCAGAACGGAUUCUUGGUAAAAACAAAGCAGGUCUCGGACGGAGACGCGACCUUUUGCAAGUUCCGUCAGCUUCGCAAGUAUACGAGGUACUACCUCAAGAGUUGGCACCACCACUUACCGGCCGAAGUGCACAAACUGUGGAAGGGCUUCCUGCCUCCGAAGACCCUUCCAGGAGGCUCAGUGGGUGCAAGCGACGAAACUACCAGAGACAACCUUGGGAAUCUACAUUGAUGGUUUGUACCAGGAUGAGCCUUGUUCUGGGCUUAGGGAUUUUGGAACUGUCUCUGAUGUCUCCUAUCCUGGGAAUUGUUAUGGUGUUGUGUUUGAACUGCUGAAUAGGCUUGGGCCGUUGAAUCUCGCAUCACUGCCAAAACGGAGUAUUGUUAUUUGCUUCAGAAAAAGUUUGGAAUUAUGGGAUGGUCUGGUCUGUAGCAUCCUAGUGGUGAUCUAGGGAUGCAAAUGAUUUUAAUGUGUUGACAUACUGCAGAAACCUUUUGUUUAGAAUCUCGAUCUAUGAUCUUCAAUCUCAACAUUUUUCAAGGUGUCUAGUGACACACUUUUUAAAAAUCUACAAUUUUUAAUGGUUUUUCACAAUUUUAGUUGCAGUUCAUAAGCAUAUAGGGUGUAAAUUGAAACUUAUUUUGCAGUAAUGCUCUAGCAGGCUAGUACUUAUUGGGACAAACUAUUAAAAGAUUAUAAUGUCUGCAUUUUAUACUUGACUGAUGGUUGCAGAUUUAUGAUCUAGAAUACAUUUGAAAAUGCCACUUUACAAAGGUCAUAAUGAGAUGGUGUUUAUUUUAAUGUGAAUGCAUCAGUGACACUCGCAGAAUCAUUCUGGGCUCUAACAGCGUAGAAGGUACCAUCUCUCAACACUCAGAAGCUUGAAAGUUUCUUUUUAGGUUGUGCUUAUACAUUCUCCAGGAUAUUGUCUUGUCACUUCUCAACCAUUGUUAGGCUGAACCUCAUGACUCAUUUUCUCACUGACUUUCUUUGUAUUGAAGUACUCCUAGGCUUUAUGACUAGCUUAGGUCUUUUUUUCUCCUUUUUUUAAGUGAUAAGUUUCACUUUACAAAUGUUGUUAACCCUAUAGGUUUGUUGAGUUUAUGUUGAGGAGAACCUAUGUAUCUUUGGAUAGAAAGAUGUCAGAGCAUUUUUGACAGUAUAAUUUUAAAGUUUUCGCUAUAGGCUUAGCACGUUGUGUUCAGUGUGUUUGCAUUAUUUGCAGUUGUUAUUUCAUCUCGCAGUGCAAGCAAAUCUCAUUAAAACAAAAAAAACUGUACCUCCGUACCUUUCUGAAAAUGGUUCUGGUCAAGUUGGCCUGUAACAAACAAAUCUUCAUUGCUGUGGGAAUGGCAGCGUGUACUUCAUUUCAUUUGAUGUAUCUAGUCAUGUCCUAUUCCUCUCCCGUGUCUCUGAAUAAUGCCUUGGAUCUGUAGUUUAUUUUUAUCGCUGUUAAUACAUUGAUAUCUCUUUCACUACUGGUCCUGUUUUCAGUGCAUGUUAAAGUAGGAAAGGAAAACAGACUGCAAGAUUUUGCUUUGGCCAUUAAAGCUUUAAAGAUCAAAGAAUAUUGCAAAGCAGCAUUUGAUCUGAAGGGUGCUUGUUAUGGAAGUUUAUCAUACGUGAGAGGUUUAUGGUAAACUCUUAAUCAUUGAUGCAUCAUAUGGUUUGCAAUAUUCUCACAAUGUAAAUAAGUGUGAAAUUGAGAAGCUUGCUUGGUGCAUACCUUGUUGAACACCUCUUGGCUGUAAACAUGUAAAGGCGACACAUGACUGAAUAUUCUAUUAAUGUUUUUUUAUAAUUCUGAAAUGCUCACUGUCGGCAUUUUUUUUUUUUUGCUACACAUGAGGCAGGAGUACAAACCAAAGAUAUGUAGUAUCUCUUGGUAACUCAGCAAAAUGUGUUUAUCAUCUUUGUGUCUUAAAGUUAAUUUAUUCAAGGUUGGUCACAUUUUCUUAUCAUUGCAAGGACAUCAUGACUUUCUUUGGUCAGUACCCAUAGGUUUGUGUUUAUGCAUUUACAAAUGUAAGAAGGGCAGCUUUCAUGACACUUAGUUGAACUUAUACCUCAAGGGUGUUUACUGGAGAAGGUUAUCUGUAGGCACUGUUAAAACUGUUAUGUAUGGGAAAUGCGGUCAGCACAUGUUGCUGUUCUCUACAAUUGCCCGGUUUUGUUUUAUGGGACCCUCACCUUCAGUUCUAGUCAAUUAUUGUGUUGCUAUUAAUUUAGUGAUUUGUUUCUGCAGGGUUUUAGGCUAUUUAAAUAUUUGUUUGAUCAUGCUACUCCUUCUGAGCCCCCUUAAAGGAAGUUUAACUAGCUGAAUUAAUUUUUCUGUCAAUACUAUGCCACCAAUUGUUGCACCUCCCAUUUGUAUAGUCCUAAAUAAACAUUCAGUGCAUUAAAUGGCAACUUUGGCAAAGUUAUCUUGAUAAGUUUAUUCUGCCAUUGAUGACAUAAAAUAGGUCUAGGAAGUAUGUUGCUAAUAUGUUUUUGCUUUUCAUAAAACAAGCUUUGAGAACAUUCUAUAUCUCGAAGGGGUUUAGUAUAAAACGAUUGUUUUUAAAUUAAAACCAAUAUAACCACAAUUGUGAAAGGUUUGAAAAGUAUUUUGUCUACAAAAUUGAAUUGUGCAAAAACUAUUAAUAUAAAGUUAUGCCAUAUCCUAUCUAAACUGUAUCACUGAAUUUUUUUUUGUAAUUUUACGUUUUGGGAGAUGCUUAAACUUGCUGUGAAUGCCCUUGAUAUGGGGUGACCUGUGUGUCUAUUUGAAUGUUCUUACCAGCAUAUGUAGAUCCUGUAAAUAAGAGUUUUUGUUUUGGUAACUUGCGAACGGACGGAAAGGUUAUGCGCCGAUUCAAGUGCCUCUAAGUCUGUGUUCAUCACUGGUGUGCUUGUCAAGUGAGCAUAUUUUUCUAUCACAUUUUGUUUUUGUUUCCACAUUGAGUUUCAUUGAAAUAAAGUUUACAAGAAACGUU